AUGCAGGGCUCGGCGCGGCGGCGGCCGUUCCCGGCGGCGGCUCCGGGCUCCCCGCAGCCCUCCGGGCCGCUCUACGCGGGCAGGCAUGGGGCAGCAAAGAACGAGGACACCUCCAAGACCUCCCCGUUCCACCUCGACCUCUGGUUCUACUUCACACUGCAGAACUGGGUGCUGGACUUCGGCCGUCCCAUCGCCAUGAUAAUCCUGCCGCUGGAGUGGUUUCCCCUGAACAAACCGAGUGCUGGAGAUUAUUUCCACAUGGCUUACAAUGUUAUAACACCGUUUCUUCUGCUAAAGCUCAUCGAGCGCUCCCCAAAGACGCUGCCACGGUCCAUGGUGUACGUCAGCAUCAUCACAUUCGUGAUGGGCGCCAGCAUCCACCUGGUGGGCGACUCCGUCAACCACCGCCUGAUCUUCAGUGGCUACCAGCACCACCUGUCCGUCAGGGAGAACCCCAUCAUCAGGAACCUGAAGCCAGAGACGCUGAUUGAUUCCUUUGAGCUGCUGUAUUACUACGAUGAGUAUUUGGGUCACUCGAUGUGGUACAUCCCCUUCUUCCUGAUCCUCUUCAUAUACUUCACUGGCUGCUUCACACCCGACGAGGAUGAGAGCAGGAUGCCAAUGUCUGCACUGCUGCUGACGGGGCCGAGCAGCCUCUAUUACUGGUACCUCGUGACCGAAGGGCAGAUCUUCAUCCUCUACAUCUUCACUUUCUUCGCCAUGAUGGCUUUGGUGAUGCACCAGAAGCGCAAAGGGCUGGUGUUGGACAGCAACGGGCUCUUCCUCUUCUACUCGUUCAUCAUCACCUUGGUUCUGAUUGCUGUGUGGGUGGCGUGGCUGUGGAACGACAAAACCCUCAGGAAGAAAUACCCCGGGGUGAUUUACAUCCCCGAGCCGUGGGCUUUUUACACCCUGCACAUGAGCAACCUCCACGCGGCGAAGGAGAGUUUAUAGGUUUUGAUAUUUCAGAGAGAA